GUGUACUGCGAGAUGAACGUGACGGACGGGGCGUGGACGGUCAUCCAGAGGAACCGCCACAACACAGACAUCACCUGGGCCGAGUCCUGGAGCACCUACAAGUACGGCUUUGGGAACGUGCGCGGCGACUACUGGCUGGGCACCGAGUACAUCCACCAGAUCGCCAAGCAGAAGGUCUACCAGGUCAGGUUCGUCAUCCAGGAUGCCUCCAACAACAUCAGGUUCGCAGAGUACAACCUCUUCAGUCUGGACGAUGAGUCCCAGGGCUACCGGCUGCGGCUGGGCUCCUACGCAGGCACAGCAGGGGAUGCCAUGGACUCGGACAAUCCCAGUAACAUGCACAACAACAUGAAAUUCUCCACCGAGGAUCGGGAUCAGGACGCUUCAAGGAAGAACUGUGCAUCCCGCUCUGGGGGCGGGUGGUGGUUUUCGUCCUGUUAUUCCGUGCGGCUGAAUUUCAAGGGCGGCA